CCCUCAACGGCCACAAACAAAACAUACUACACUUACCUUACAGAUUCAUUCGCACACCAUCCCGCAACACCCUCCCCCGCAGCGAUGGGGCCUAAGCGCUUAGCCGAUAACGAGGGCGCAAGCGGAUCCAAGCGGCGUCGCAGCCAGAAGCACUCGGGAUCCGCGAAAGGGGUAGCACCCGUUGACCCAACCUAUGGUCAGCGUGGUGUGUUCGGCAAUCUCGAGUAUGCCACCACCGUCCCGAGCGGCGACAACGACUUAGACUGUGAAGAUGAUGCCGAAGCACUAGCAUACCUCAGAUCUGUGCGAGAGCAAGCGUCUACGAUCCCCCACAUUCUCGUUGCGCAUAAGGCUGGCCCUCAGUUGCCUCUUGAGGCGAUUGUACCGCCUUCCGGUGGCCGUACUGACCAAAAACGCGUCGAAGAAGAGGAAGACGGGGCCGGGAUAUCCAUUGACCGGAGCGUCUACCAAGACGGGAAAGGCGACUUUAGGGGAUACUAUCAUGAUGGGGCGUAUGUCGCUUACCCGUCCGACCAUUUCAACGAGAAUAUAGAAGAGGAGGAGGAAGUCGAUGACGGCUACGACCAGAAAUACGGUGACGUGGAAGAAGGGUACGAGUAUCCCACGCGAGAAUACGAAGACGAAUCUAGCUCUGAGUCUAGCGAAGGCGGCCCGCGCAAUAGUAGCUCGGAUGAGAUACGCGACGCAUACUUUGCAUCUCUCGCAAAGCAGUUUUUAGCUCUCCGAAAUAUCCUGCGGACAAUUCCUCCAGACGACGUACUACUAUGCCUCCCCAAGUCAAAUACGACUGAAGUCGGCGAUUUCGGUCGCCUAUCCGACACGUUUUCCAAGUGGUCUGGCCGGCUCAGAGGCACGGACCCGUUGCCCGCACAGAUUGCCGGUAUGCAUAAGGACGGCGUCAUCCGGCUGCUGCGCAUCCUUCUCGGGGGCAAGUUCCUUCGCAAAAGACAAGAGCUCCGCGAACGCACCAGCAGGUGGAUAUGGGCCUUGCUCGCACGCCUACCCGACAAAGGCGAGCUCGACUACCAAGAGAUCGGCUGGGUCCGCGAACUUGGCAAGAGAGCGGUGCUUAUGAUGGUUAGCUUGGCCGAGAUGGAGGUCCUUCGAGAGCAUUGCGACGUAGAAGAUGACAGCGCCGGUACCCAGGAUGGCGAAGUCGAUGUCGAUGAGGGGAUCACCGAAGACCUCAGUGCGGAUGAAUUUUACGGCGAAGAUUACUCUGAGGACGACGCAGACAGCGGCGAUGCUGUCGCCCGGGAUUUUAGGCAAGUCCAAGACGAUAAAGUUGUCGAGGCCAACACUUCCGCCAGUGUCCUCGCCACCAAAUCUGAUACUAUAUGUAGAGGUGAUGGCGACCUAGCUGAUGGUAAGGUUGACAGAGCCGAAGCCGAGGCGGUUACCAACGUCCCAACCCUAGGGGGCGCGACAGAGGAAGCGUCAGAUGUUGAAAUGCAGAUCGACUCAGACGAGGAAGUGGACGGGGAAGUAUCCGACACACCCCAACAGCGGCCAGAGUCGGCAACUGACGUAGAGACGGCCAAGGCUCGCCUCUUCAGAGAACUCGACAGCGUCGAUAAUGAUGUCGUUAUAGAUAUAGAAGUUGCACCGUCCGCCCUCGAGGCCAAAAACUCUUCAAGCCAUCCUUCCCCCGAACAACAGAAGAAGCAGUCCACUAGCCUUCCUUCGGCAACAGAAGGCGAAGAAGACAUACAGGAAAAGAAGGAAAGCCUCCACAGGGCCAGGAUCAACGAGCGGGCCACCCUGAACAUGAUCCUCACUGUAGCCGGUGAGUUCUAUGGACAGAGGGACCUUCUCGAGUUCCGAGAUCCGUUCGGGGGCCUUGGGACCGAGUAG